AUGUCGUGGCUCGGCCAGAGCCCGUUUAGCCCAUCCACGGAACCGGUCCGGGUCAACCCGCCUGACCCGGCUGGCGAAAAUGCAGACUUUAAAAGACAAUCUUAUGAACUGGGCUGGAUCAAGCGGCCCGUCUCCAGGUCCAGCCCGAUAUCCCUCUUCAACCUGUUCUGUUUCUUCUUCAAUGCGAAGAUCUUCGUAGCUGGGUUCUCUAGUUCGAAGGAAUACUGGAGUAGGGUUUAUCGAGGUUUCCCCCCACCAAGAUCGCUGCAGCUCUUUCCAGAUUCGGUCGAAAUGAAGAAAGGAGCUCACCCGCAAAGGCAAUGGAUAUCUUAUGUCACGCAGAGUGGCAGGUUGAUGAAUGUCAUGAUGACCAAAAUACACAACACUGGUAAAGUUUACCACUUCAGAGCAAAGCGGCAGAUGGCUGAAAGUCUGGGGCAGAUUGCCAAGUUCAAGCGUCGCUAUGGUCAGGAGAACGAGGAAGAAACCGAAAAAGGGAAAAAGGAUCCUUCAAAUUGAGAUUCGAGAUUUCAUGAUUUCUGUUCACUGUUGAGGAAGGCCUGGAAAAAUCCUCAGCUUUUUAUCAUACUGCAAUUUAGCUUCCUGGCUUCCUGACUUUCUAUCAGACUAUAAAUGUGGUGGCUGAAGACCACAGUUGCUUCUUGUAAUAGUUAUUUAUAUCAGUUUGAGCAGAAUCAAUAUUUGAAUAUUGGUAGAUUCCAAACUAUUUG